UUCUAACCUCAAAAUUUAAUCACUCUGGCAAUUAAAAUAAAAUUAAUUAAUUUUUCUUGAUUAAUUUGAUUAAUGAUCAUGUAUGUAAGGAUUUAUUUCGUGACUGGAUGAAUAAAAUAAAAGUGGCGGGAAAAAAUUAAAAAAAAAAGUUGGUUCCGGAAGCAGUAAAAGGCGGUGAUGUAUCUGUAUUUGGUUGUAGUUUGUAUGAGUAUCGAGUGUAGUAUAUUUAGUGUUGGCACAAGUGACAUGUGUUAAUGCGUAUUGGUUGAUCAUGAACAUCGUGUUCGUAAUCAUGAAACUCGGGUCUUUAUUUGCUCGGCCAGAGACUCCGAGCAAGCCAUUGCUGAGUUGCCGUUUAAGCCGGUGAGGUCUUGGAUUCAAAGCUGCCUGCUGCUUGCUGUCUUGGCUCCAAUUGUCAUUACUUUUGUAAUUUAUAAAAACAAUAAAUAAAAAUGCCGACUAAUACCGAAGAAGGUUUCGCAACAAAAGCAAUCCAUGCUGGGCAAGAUCCAUUACAGUGGAAUUAUUGUCCAGUUGUUGGACCACUCGUCAUGUCAACGACUUUCCGCCAAGACGGCCCUGCUGAACACCGCGGGUUCGAAUACGGGAGAAGUGGAAACCCGACCCGUAAUAUGCUGGAGACAACUCUAGCAGCGAUAGAGAACGGCAAGCAUGGGCUGACAUUCGCAUCAGGACUCGGUGCGACAACUGCACUGGGAGCUUUACUAGAAUCCGGGGACCACAUCGUCUGCGUCGACGACAUCUAUGGAGGCACCAGCCGUUACUUUAGGACCUGCCUCUCGAAAAAUAAGAUCGAGAUUUCGUUCGCUGAUGGCAACAACAUCAAGAACUUUACCAACACCAUCAAGAACAACACCAAAAUGGUCUGGAUUGAAUCACCAACGAAUCCAUUGCUCAAGCUCAUUGAUAUCCGGGCUAUUGUUGAUGCCGUGAAAGCCGUCAGAUCUGACAUAAUUGUUGUUGUUGAUAACAGUUUCUUAACAUGUUAUUUCCAAAGACCAUUAGAACUAGGUGCCGACGCCGUUAUUUACUCGAUAACAAAGUACAUGAACGGUCACUCGGAUGUUGUCAUGGGCGCAGUUAUUGUGCGGAGCGAUGAACUCGAGAAAAGAUUACGUUAUAUUCAAAAUGCACUUGGAAUUGUACCAUCACCAUUCGAUUGUUCUCAAGUAAGUCGAAGUUUGAAGACCCUUGAAGUCAGGAUGAAGCAGCAUAUGAAGAAUGGACUAGCUGUUGCUAAAUUUCUUGAAGCACAUCCUCAUGUCACUCGUGUCUUUCAUCCACUUUUACCAUCACAUCCACAACAUGAAUUAUCUAAGAAACAAAUGUCAGGACACAGUGGCAUGGUAUCAUUUUAUGUAGAAGGCGACUCAAGUAAAUUUUUAAAAGCAUUGAAAAUAUUCGUCGUCGCAGAAUCGCUCGGUGGAUAUGAGUCUCUGGCUGAAUUACCAUCAACAAUGACACACGCCUCGUUGACCCAAGAAGCGAGAGACGAAUUGGGUAUCAAUGAUAAGCUGAUUCGUCUGUCAGUUGGGAUUGAGACUGAGAGCGACUUGAUCGCUGACUUGGACCAAGCGCUAAAAGCCAGUCUAUUAUGAAAAUGAAAUUUUUGCUCAUCAGUUUCCGUGCCUCAAACUCGUAUAUUAAAUAUUUGUCCACAUCACAUUCAUUCCAAUAGUUAUCAUUUUUUAAAAAUAUAUUGUUUUAUCUAUGACUUGAAUUUGUUUAACGAUUGGCGGUAUCAGCAACGAUAAAUUUUCAUUUAAAAAUUUUUUUUAAAGAUCUAGGAUUUUUGAAUAUUUAAAUAAAGAUAACGAUCAAGAUAAAUCUAUAUCAAAUUUAAUCAUUGAAAAAAUAUAUACUCAAUUAACUAAAUCUUUUAAAAUAAUAUUUUAUCAUCGCAAUAAAUUAUAUAAAUAUUUAAAGAUUUUAA